AUGAAGAACUCCCGGCUUUCCAUCCUUCCGCUACUGGGCUUCUUCACUACAUCCACCUACGCCGACUUCGUCAUAGGCAGAUACGCCGGCUCCGAGCUCGGCGGCACCUUCUCCACUCCAGGCCAACUGCAAAUCAUCGGGAUGUGGAACAGCGCAGGCAUCGAAGGCCAAGAAAACGGCUUCGGAACCGACGACUUCUGUUCCGCCGGCACCUCCGCCGGCACCGACAAACUGAACGACUGGAGGAAAAACGAUUUCUGCGACUUGGAAAUCCCCGGCUGCCCCUCUACCAUGCGCAUUGUCAGGUCUGCGGGCAAUUUCACGGGUGACUGUGGCGUGGCGACGAAUGAUGCGGACCGUGACCAUUCGGUGGACUAUGGGGUGCUGGUUGAUAUCAUCUCGUCCCCGAAUGCGGCGGUUGGUAAUUGCUACUACGGAAGCGCGCAGCUGACGAAGGACUGUACGAGUACGGGGAGUGUGACGUAUCAGGCCGCGGUGGUUUGUCUGACGGGGGUUUGUGGUGGGCCGUUGGAGAGUGACUUUGAGCCUGGGGCUUGA